CAUUUGAACCAAUCUCCUCGUAUCAUCUCCAGCGUCUACCUUUGCUGCAUCCUUCUGGCUGGUAACCAUCGUGACAAGAGGCCGCAUCAUUUGUCCGCGCCUUCAAGAACAGAGCACUGUUUGCCAAUUCAACAUACCAGACGAGCAGACGUCAUGCAGUUUGGCUUGGUGUGCUUGAAGAAUGGAGUCCAUUUCUUCCAAGAAAUGACCAAUCGCAAUGGCUGGAAUGUGUACAAACGACCCGUUCUGGUCAGAGUGACGCCUCUCAAUGAGGACCAAGUCCAGAGCGGCGGGUCGUUUGCUGCCACACUGCGGUGUGCGUUCACCAAGGCGUUGGUGGUAGUUGACCAAUCAGACGUGAUUGUUCAUCAUUCCAAGCACUCUGAGCCCAGCCACCCUGUCGUACAUCUGACACGGCAACCUGGCAGCACCUAUGCGUUGAACACAUCGUCAACCGUUGUGGUUCAGAUGCUACCGCAUGCUGACGACCAUGUGCGCCGGAUGAUCCACCGCCUGAAUGGCUUGAACGCCGAACUGAAUGCGCUUGAAGAGGCCCGCGCAGCGUCCACCGUGACGACCCAAGGCAUCCGCCUCAACAGCGGGUUUCCGACGCCAUACGAGCUUGCGCGCAAGUACACGUCGUGCAUUGAGAUGCAAUGCGAGGUGCUGGAAGAGCUGUUGGAAGGAGAGCUGCAGCCAGCCGCACUCCUGGCAGACAUUCAAGCCGUGUAUGCCCAUGCCGAGAAUGUUGUUCGCGCCAAGUGCCAACAGCUUGCGGAAAUCUCGCAUGUUCAGCCCGGAGAUGCGCAUGUGCGAUACUGCCUUCAGAACAGCUUCCACCUGUGGAGCACACAAGCUGCCGCGAAUGAUGGGGCUUGCACGGUGAACACGCGUGGACUGCAGCAGAUGCGCCGCCACUUGCUUCCCAUCUUCAUGGCUUGCAUUCUCACUGAUCCUCCCAUCGACAUCGACUCCACCUGCCAGGACUCGCAGCACGUUGACAGAAAGCAGUACCUUGACCUGCUACCGCAGAAGAACGUCGCUGCAAAGAUAACGUUGGUGCUUCCUGCACUGGUGUGGUGCAAUGGACAGACGAAGGCGGUGCUUGCCGAGGCGAAGUACCUGUGGGAACCCCAGGAAAACAUGCAUACUGAUCCACACCAAGUCCACGAGGCUCCGAGCGCGGGGACAGGGGUGUGCACCGACACUGACUGCGUCAAAGACACGGACUGCGAUUCCCAGUUGACUGUCUCUUCAGCAUCGUCUGCUGACGGCGAUUGUGUCGAAUGCAUGAAGAAUGAAAGUGCUUCUUCACACAAGGUAUCCUGGAACACAACCGAACCGACCAUCAGCGAGCACCAACUCCAGCCAGCACAGCACGAGGUUACGGCUGCGGUGCAGGACUCGCAGCCCCACGCUGCUACGUAUGAGGCUGACCACAAGCUGUCUCAGACUAAACACCUUGACGCAAUGAGCCUUACAACCACGUGCAUUGAUUCCAAAGUACAGAGGCACGCUGGUUUGAAGAGCCAUGAUGAAUUCACCAAUACCAACCUCUCCCAUGCAUCCACUGCGCGAACGCGUGACUUGGACCCCGAAACGCUGCCGCCCAAACUCACAAAGUAUUGCGUUCAUCGUGGUCGAACGUAG